GUAACCGAGGCAAAUGGACAAUCACCCCGGAAUUAGAGCAUCUGAAAUCACACUGAAUCUUUUCACCAAAAAGAACACUAAUCCUUGACCCACUGUCCACUGAGAUUACAACUCUAGACCCAAGAUGUCCACUAAUGAGGCGGCGCCAGCGAAUGAAUUCCGGGUCCCACAAAUGAAACUUAGCCACGGAGGACGUAGCAUCCCAGUCAUCGGGUUAGGCACUGCCGUGGAUCCUCCGGUAUCGGCGGAAUACAUGAAGUCUGCAGUACUGCGGGCCAUUGAAGUGGGCUACCGACACUUCGAUACGGCCCACAAGUACAAAUCGGAGCAGCCCAUUGGUGAUGCAGUCCAAGAAGCUUUGAGUUUGGGCCUGAUCCAAUCCAGAGAUGAGCUCUUCAUAACUUCUAAGCUCUGGUGUGGCGAUGCACAUCCAAGUCUCGUUCUUCCUGGUCUUCAUAAAUCCCUCAGGAAUCUGAAGAUGGAAUGGAUUGAUUUGUAUUUGAUUCACUGGCCACUAAGCUGUCAGCCAGGAAAGCUUGAUUUUCCAAUCAAAGAGGAUGAUUUUCUUCCUCUGGAUUUUCAAGGUGUUUGGGCAGCUAUGGAAGAGUGCCAGAAUCUUGGCCUUGUCAAAUGCAUUGGAGUUAGCAAUUUUUCGUGUAAAAAGUUACAAAAUCUCCUGGCUAUUGCUAAAAUCCCACCUGCUGUCAAUCAAGUGGAGGUUAACCCAUUUUGGCAACAGAAGAAGUUGAUAGAAUUGUGCAAGGAAAACGAAAUUCUAAUAACAGCUUAUUCUCCAUUAGGAGCCAUAGGAACCUUCUAUGGCAGCAGCAGGAUAUUGGAAUCUGAAGUUCUUCAGGAAAUAGCCGAAGCUAAAAAAAAGUCUAUUCCUCAGGUUUGUUUAAGAUGGGCAUAUGAGCAGGGAAUUACUGUGGUGGUGAAGAGUUUCAAUGAAGAGAGAAUGAAAGAAAACCUCAUGAUUUUUGACUGGGAAUUGACUGAAGAAGAUCAUGAAAAAAUCAGGGGAAUCCCUCAGAGUAGAGGGGUCACUGGUUGGCCUUAUUUAUCAAAGCAAGGGCCUUUCACUACACUUGACGAACUCUGGGAUGGAGAGAUUUAAUCAUUAUAAUGCUAUAAGCUUGACAGCUACCAAUCCAAACCAGGAUUAGUGAUUGUUCGAUUGUUUCUACUGGACUCACAUUUGAUCUACGUAUAGGAUAACAAGCUCGAAUAAUGUUGUCUCAAGAACUCGCUGUUGAAGCAAAUGAAAUUGGCAGAAACAAGGGCUAAGGAAGGCGCUUGAAAUGGAUGAACUUGGGUACUAAGAUACUCUACUACAUUGCUUCUCUUAUGCUGUACAAUUUAUUUCUCAUGCUUCUGUAUGUGUUGUCCUAUUUCGUCUGUUUAUGCUGAAAUGAAAGCAUCCUAAGGUAAUGGUUUU